AUGCAGACCCACCACAACUACACAGAAUCGCAGAUCGUAAACAUCAAGCUGCAGUUCACGGCCAUGGACAAGGACGGCGAUGGUGCCAUCUCCGAACAAGAAUUCCUCGAGGCUCUCACGAACUCGAAUCGCAACCCCGAGGAGUACGAUCUCCAGACCUUUUUCACCAAGGCAGAUAAGAACAAGGACGGCAAGAUCAGCUUCAACGAGUUCUUGGAUGCCUGCCACGACCUCGGUCUCGGCCGCGAGAAAUGUGCCACGGGCACGCCCACGAAGAAGUCCGCCAAGGAGAUCGAUGCCAUCUUCCGGAACUUUGAUCUCGACGGAAACGGUUACAUCUCUGCUCAGGAGCUCAGCCAGGUUCUUGCCAAGCAAGGCGAACAUCUUUCCAAGGAGGAGAUCAAAGAUAUGAUCAAGACUGCAGACUUGAAUGGUGAUAACCAAAUCGACCGUGAGGAAUUCGCAAGGAUGAUCUAG